CUAAAUUUAAGUAAUGAUGAAUCUUGGAUUACAGCUUCCUAUAGGUCAAACAACCUAAACUCUCAAUUAGUAAUAACCAUCCAUAUUUGGAUAAAGUAAUAAAAUAAUUCUAAAAUAGCUCAAACUUUACCAACUACAUAAACACAAUUAAGUUUAUAACCUUAACAAUAAACUACUCAAAUUUUAUAACCUUAAUAGACUACACCUUUAACUGUUUAGCCUCCAAAUCAAACACAAUAGAAAGGAGAGUUUCAAAAUCUAGUUAAGUAUUAUAAAGAAAAACCUGAAUUAGUAAUUAUGUUUGCUUAAUUUAAUAGACAAAAUAAUAGGAGUUGUAUUUAUUCAUGUAGCAAACCAAAUAUUUAAAAAACAGAAUUUAAAAAAAAUUCUUAAAAUAAAUUCAUGUGAAAUAAACUUAAUGUAGGAUUUAAAUUAUUAUCAUAGAUUUAUUGGUUGAUACUCUCAGUUAGAAGGUGUGUUAAUUAUUUCAAAAAUUUAACUUGAAUGAGCGUAACUUAGAAUACACAAAAAAAGAUGAAUUAUAAAGAUUGAGUUAAAGAAUCAAAGCUGAUUAAGAAAAACAAAAUUUAUUAUUUUAAUCUCAAAUUAAAGUCAAAGAAUUAUAUUCAUUAAACAUACCAUCCUAUUUAGAACUUAAUAAUAAAUUUUAAAUGAAUAAAAAUGUAAAAUAAAUUAGCAUCAUUUUUAGAUUAUAAAUACAAUUUAAAACAAAGAAAUACUUACAUAAAGUAGAUAGAAAAAAGAAUUACUUAAUUUAUUACAUGAGAAUAAGUAAGAUUUGAUUUAAACAAAAUCUGUUACUAUAAAAUCUAUUUCUUUUAACACACAUAAUUAACUAAUAAUUGAAAAAUUAUUUUAAGAAUAAGAAUUUUACUAAAAAUUGGAAGAAUUUAUAGAGUUUUAAAAAAAAAUAUAAUAAAAAGAAAGUAUUGAUAAAAAUGAUUAUUAUGAAUCUCUGUUUUAAUGUUUUGUGAAUAUCUAGAGUGAUCACAAAGAUAUAAUGAGAUUGCUUUCUCAAUAAUUCAAAGGAAUAUAAUUUCAAUCUGAUACAAUUUAAUAGGAUCUUAUUGAGAACUCAAUAUCAAUAUUAGAAGCUGAAAUGAAUAAAAGAAUUGGUGUUUUAGAUUUGGCUAAUAUUAAUUGUAAUUAAAAUAUUAAUUUGUUAGAAAAAUUUAAAGAUAUUUACUAUGAUAUAUUAGCUAAAGAACUAACUAUUUAAAAAAUAGAUUAAUAUUAUCCUAGUGGUAUUUUAUUCUUGCUAAUGAGAUGUGGAUAACUUAAAUAAGCAAAAUAAAUUCUAUUUUAAUUUGGCAAGCAUUAAAAAUAUUAAUUAUUUUUUGAACUUUUGGAAAAUAAGACGUACAAAUUUUAAUAAAUGUAGCUAAACGAAUUAUUAAAAGAUAUAAAAGCUUGAUUAAUUUAGUGUUGAUGAUUUAUUUGAAUAAUGUUAUUUGAUUGCAUUUGAUUCAGGAUCAGUAAAAGAGGUAUUUGAAAAUAAACAUUUUGUUUAAGAUUAAGAUUUAUUCUUCUGGAUUACUCUAAAAACAACUCAUAUUCAAAAUAAUCAUGGAUGUGAAAAUUGGACAUUGAAUGAUUUAUAAGAUGCUAUUCCAAGAAAUAUUGGUUACAGAAUGGAUAUACUUUUACAAAGAUAUGAAGAAGUACUCAAAGAAAUUUAUAAAUCAUCUGCUUCAUUAGUUUCUAAAUUAGAAUAUUUUACAUUAUUCUUUAUUAUACAAUCCCUUAUAAAGAUAUAAAAUGAUGAUACUUAUACAGAUAUGGAUUUAAUCUUAAAUGGAAUCCUUGGAUAAGUAUUUGAAAAGUAUCCAGAUAUUGGAGGAUUAUUAAUAAUUCUUACUGAACCUGAUCUUUCAUAAGCAAUUGAUAAAAUUCAAGCAGAAAUGAUGAAAUAUAAAUAUAGUGCUGAUGUAUUUUAAAACAAAAAAUUGUUUGAAAACUUUGAAAAUAUGUUUGGUGAUAAUUAAAGAACACAAGAUUUUAUAGAAUCUAUAGUAUAGGAACAAUUUUAAUAAAAUCUAUUAGAAUAGCAUAGAGAUUUUAUAGAAAAUAUCAUUAAAGGAAAUAAUAUUGUAAAUUAUUUAAAUUACUUUAGAAUGAAUUACUCUCAAUACAUAAAGCAUUUAUUUCUAAAAUUGAUAUGUUGAUGGAAGAACUUAAAAGCUAUUGGAAAUUCAGAAAAACAAGUUUUAUGCAUCUUGCAAUGAAUUUAUAUUAUAUUUCUGGAAUAGUUUUAUUGACAUCAGAAUGUUAAUUUAAUUUGAAGGCUCAAGAAUUAAAAUUGAUUUCGAGUACUUUAAAGAAAAGUCUUGUGAAGAACAAUAAUAACCCUAAGUAAUAUUAUAAUUUUUUCUCAACAAUAUAUUAAUUUGCAGUUUCAGAUCCUAGAGAAAAGCAGACUUUUGAUUUGCUUUAAGCUUUUAAUUUUUUGAUUCAAUCAAGCAAAAUAGAAUAAUUUAAUAACAAUAAAUUCAAAUAAUUCUUAUAGUCAAUUGAUAUAUCAAAAUUAACAAGGAUUUUACAAAUAAAAAAAUAGUUGUAUAUGUUGAAAUUAUUUUUUUGGUUAACAGAAAUAACUCUUGAAAUUCAUGAUUAAGAGAUAGAUGAAUACAAGUAUAUUUUUAUAAUAUUAUACAUAAUAGAGAAAUGAAGGAAACAUUCUAAAGAUUGAUUAAUAAUAAAUCAUCUUAAAAUAUUGUUCUCAAUUCCUUAUUUUUAAUAAAUAGAGAAGUAGAUUUGCAUUUUUAAGAUAUUAAAUUAAUGCCAAAAUGA